GAGGUUUAUGGAGGGUGUUGAGACGUGGAGAACUCCACUAUGCCUUCCAGUGAGUGCUCAAAGAGGAUUUUGUGUCUUCCUUUUGUGUGUUAGGGUGUUUGUUACAUGUGAUGCAGCCUGAUCGUGCGUUAAGAGGUUUGAUCGGAAGGGCUGAAGAGCAGAAGCAGUCAUGGACGGAGCUUGGGCUGUUAUUCUCAUAUCUCUGGCUAUGUUCGUGGGAUGUUUCAUGCUCGGGAUAAUUCCAUUAUUGAUCAGUUUAUCAGAGCAGAAACUACAGCUGGUUACCGUGCUGGGGGCGGGGCUUCUAUGUGGCACUGCCCUGUCAAUCAUCAUCCCAGAGGGGGUGGAGUUAGUGCAGGAGUCAUGGAAAGACUGGUAUUGCUCCGCAAUGGGAGAGAAUCAAAAUAUCUCAGAAUCAAAUUCAACACUUCAUCUUACUGCAAAGAAAGGUCUGCGUCCUCACUUCUUCAUAGGAGUCUCUCUCGUCUUGGGCUUUACGCUCAUGUUUGUGGUGGACCAGAUUGCCAACUACUGCUCCAUGCACGAACCCCGAGCACACAUGUACAGUGGCAACAGUGUUACUGCCACCCUGGGUCUGCUUAUUCACGCCGCAGCUGAUGGUGUCGCUCUGGGUGCAGCUGCGGCCUCAUCGCAGGUGUCUGUGCAGGUUGUCGUGUUCUUUGCUGUCAUUUUGCAUAAGGCUCCAGCGGCGUUUGGUCUUGUGUCUUUCCUCAUGCACGCAGGUCUGGAGAGGAAGACUAUUCAGAAGCAUUUACUGGCAUUUUCUGCUGCUGCGCCGCUGAUGGCCAUCAGCACUUAUUUCAUCCUGAGUGCAUCUAAUGGCUCUUCUCAGAACCGCCUGAGCAUUACAGGCAUUGGCAUGCUGUUCUCAGCUGGGACUUUCUUAUAUGUGGCCACAGUUCAUGUUCUGCCAGAAAUCAACAGCAGAGGGCAUCAGCGCUCCACUCACCUCCACCACGAGACAGGAACCGGAGGCGGAGCCUACCAGCAGCAGGGCGGUCUGGGCAUCACAGAGAGCCUGACUCUCAUCCUGGGGGCUGGACUUCCUGUGCUGUUGGCCCUCGGCCUACCAGAUGAUUAAUCUGUAAGAACAGUCUCCCAGCAUAACAGGACCGGUGAUGUGUAAUAUUUCAUUUGAAAAUGUUUAUAUAUUUUUUUUUUAUUAAGACUUGAGAAUGCUCUUUGAGAGUUUUAUCAUGAUUAGGGUUAUGAAACUCCCCACAUUUUCUGUUUAACUAUUAGACAGUUUUGAUUAAUUGUUUUAUUAGCUGAGAAACAAAAUAAAAGCCUGUGGUGUUUAUGUGCAGUUGGAAUUUUGCAUCUGUGCAUUGUCAAGGACAUAAAAGAUUGUGAUAUUUUAUAUUCUUAUAUGUAGAAUAGACUCCAAUUUUAUUUUGCCCUAGAAAUUAAGUAAUUCUCACUGCCAUAAAGUUGCAAAGCUUAAGUGCAAUACAGUGCUCUUUUUCCAAAAAAAAAAUGAAAAUGUUAUUUGU